AUGUCAGUAUCGAUAACAAAUUCAAUACCUCCACAUCAACCGACAGCAACUGUGACUGCACAAGUUGAUACGACGAAAAAUGCGGAACCACUUGCUGUUCGAGUAAUGCGUCUUUCAAAACCGACGCUAUAUCAAAAUAUACCGGUCUAUGCGGAAGAAGAAUCCUCAUCAUCGGCAGCUGCAUUUCUUGCUGGCCAAUCACAUGAUAUAGCCAUUGGAAAUGAUCAUUCAGUUCUAAGCCAUCUACUGGUACUUCCCUAUAGUUUUGGAAAUGUAUUUUUGGGUGAAAUAUUUUCUGCAAUUGUUUCGUUACACAAUCAGAGUGAUCAAGUACUUCGAGAUGUCAUACUUAAAACAGAUAUUCAAACUGCAACACAACGCAUCGUACUUAAUUCAAACGAUCAGAAUGAUUCGAAUAAAAUGGAAUUAGUACCUGAUCAAAGUAUAUGUAGAGUUUUACAACAUGAAGUGAAAGAACUUGGCAAUCAUUCUCUGGUAUGCACUGUAACGUGUACCGAUCAAAAUGGUGAAAAAUGCAAUUUAAAAAAAGUUUUCAAAUUACCAGUUGGCAAACCCAUUGAUUUAAAAACGCGUUUUAUUCCUGGUGCCAAGCAUGAUGAAUAUUAUGUUGUUGCUGAUAUUCAAAAUCAGACUCCAUCAAUUUUGAAUAUGAUAACUGUUGAAUUGGAACCAUCAAAUACGUAUACUGUAAAAAAUUUAAGUUAUCUUCAUCAUGAAAAUUCUGAUCAUUCUGAAAGUUCUCUCUGUGAAGCAUGGCGUUUUAUUCGUUCGAAUGAAAUCACAGCAUAUAUGUUCUAUUUGAAACCAAGAACCGAUAUCACUUUUGAACAGCUUCAUUCAACGCCGACAUUGGGCAAACUUGAUAUCGUUUGGAUGUCUGGCUUGGGUGAACGUGGACGUUUACAAACAAAUCAAUUGCCAAAACCAACUCCACCAAUAGUGACAACAAAUCUUGGAUAUUUACCUGAUUUGCGUUUAUUUUUAAUUCGUGGUCAAGGUAAAUGUUUUGCUGAAGAAGCACAAACAUUUUCUGUACGAAUAUUAAAUUGUACACAACGAACAAUGGACUUAUCUUUGAGUUUUGAUAAUUCAUUUGCUAAACGUGAACAAUAUAUAUGGAUUGGUGUUAUUAGUAAACAAUUAGGAAAAUUAGAAGCACAUCACACAUACGAUAUUGAAUUACAACUUGUACCAUUAACAUGUGGAAUGAAACGUAUUGGUGGCUUACGAUUGACUGAUUUAACAAUGAGACAUACAUAUGAUUUAGAAGAUUUUCAUCAUCUAUUUGUACUUCCUAAACUUGUGCAUUAA